AUGGCGUAUUGGAUUUAUGAAGUUUCUGCUCUGGCCGUAUCAACUCUGGUAUUCUCCUCUGCUCUGGCGGCCUUCUCUGCUCUGGCUGCCAAGUCAGAGCUGAUUCUCUUCUCUACUCUGGCCAUCGUGCCAGAGCUGUCAUCCUCGAAGAACAGCUGCAAAGGAGUGUUUGCAGAGGACAGAGCAGGCGACUCUGAGUCUGACUCUGCCAGAACUGACGGGGACUACUCUGACUCUGACCUUCCAGAGCAGAGCGUAGAAGAGAAAGGACCAGAACUGCCAGCGAACUCUGACUCUGAAUCUUCAGAGCAGACCACAAAAACGGAGGAAGGCAGCUCUGACCAUACAGAGCAGACCACAGACACAGCUGAGCACAUCGUAGAAACAAAGGAGGAUGAAAGUGGAAGAAUCAUAGCAGACUUGCGAACCAGAGCAGACCAGAAUGCCAGCUCUGCCGGAUCCAGCUCUGCAGACUCCAGCUCUGCAUACGCCAGCUCUGCACUCGCCAGCUCUGAACAAACCAGCUCUACAUUGCCCAGCUCUGCAUUGCCUAGCUCUGCACUGCUCAGCUCUGAAAAGGCGUGUCAUACAGAGCUGCCGUUGGAUGAACAGGUAGGAGCCAGGAAGCCAGCGCAAGAACUGAAGGAACCCCCUGACAAUCUCAAGCACGUGUUCUUAGAAGAAAACAAGGAGAAGCCGAGGUUCAGAUCGGCAGAGCUAUCUCGGGAGAAAGAUGGUAUGUUGCUCAAGGAUGUGUUUGAGCCUGGUGCAGCCGAGCUCUACGCUAAGAAUGCUAAGGAGAAUUUCAGAGGAGACGGUCAUAGCAUGAAAUCCUCUUAUGGGCACUUGAGUACUCUGAUGGUGGUGGAGUCUCAAGCUCUGCAUGAUCCUGAUUGA